AUGAUCACGCACGACCAGCAAUCCAGACCGCCAAGACAAGACCAACUCUCGCAUUCCACCCAAGCAGGAACGGGGUGUAGUGGAGAUGAGAGCAGCGACAGUGAUCAUAAUCACGAAGAGGGAGGUCGAAAUCCCAGGCUGACCUUUUGUUUGUUUCAGCCACCAGUUCAUAUAACCGGCUACGAUAAUGGCGAGGAUGAUGCCUCUCCGCCUUACAUGGGAUGUGUCUGUCCAGUGCCGCUCCGAUGCCUUUUCGCCUCGCAUGGUAUGUGUCUUUCCAGCGCUGAUUCAAUGCCGUCUCGCCUCGCAUGGUAUGUGUCUUUCCAGAGCUGGUUCAAUGCCUUUUCGCCUCGCAUGGGAUACGCCACGCAUAGUACAUGUCUUUCCAAUGCCAGUGACUCUGUAGGUGAGACGCCUCGACCUGCCAAUGCCGUUCCGCCUCGCAUGGUGUGUGUCUUUCCACCCUUGAAGAGGUGCUUGACUGUAGGCGAGCCUGAAACGCCGCCUCGCAUGGUAUGCGUCUUUCCAGUUCCAGGGAGAUUGAAGCGUGCUGGCAUAGAUUUCCAGAGGCUCCUUCUUUUCGACGCGAUUCACUUCCAUCGUCGGAGAUGUCCCGUUGCGGAACAUGUUCAUCGCACAUACGCGCUGUUGAAUCGAAAAGAGUACAGCUCGGUAUCCGUCUUUGCAUUUGGGAUCUUGACAAUCAUUUCGAGAGGCCUCUUCCUCUUAAUGCGACUCACCUUCGUUCUCGAAGAUGUCCCGGUGUGCGGCAUGUUGAUCGAGUACAGCUCGGUAUCCGUCUUUGACCUUGGGAUCCUGACAAUCGUCUUGCUCUGGCCAUCAAGGUGUCGUGUCAUGUUCUGGUAUUUUCAGAUUGUUGGUGUUUCCAUGAGGGCACCGAAGCGCCUUCCAUUGUCUGUCCCUCCCAAGAUUUCAACAAUCGUCUUGUUAUGGCCGUGUUCGCCUUUGGACAUCACCUUCAGCCAGAAACAUCUGGACUGUGAGCUCGGGAAGACAUUGGAGGAGUUCCAGGAAAAUGAAGGCUAUAGGGCUUCAAAAGAAGCAGUCAACUGUUGUAGGUCUUCCCUACGCCAAAUAGCAUGGGCCAUCAAGCAGGUCUCCUGGGGGGCCAUUAUGGCUGCCAGGCGGUCCUCAAGGGAGCGUGCAGACGACAUCACUUCAGUAACUUUCAGCGAGCGGUGGAUUGCAGCAGACGUCGGAGCCUCGUCGGCUGCAUCUUCAGCAUCACUGGUUCUUGCGCCACGUCUGCAGUUCCCACGUCACCAGAACGUUUCUCUUCUCCCUGUCGUGCUUGCUGUUCACCUGCAGCCCGAGUCUGUCAGAGUUGGGUUUGGAGUUGGAGACAUUCCCUUCUCGAGGCUUCUAGUUCUUUUAGGGCCAAGGUGUCUGUUAGAUGUAGUCGUCGCUCUCUCUAGCGCUACUAUCAUUCUCCUCCUCGCCCUGGUCCUCGAACUCCUCUACUUCGCCGUCCUUGCUUGCUCAACAAAUGACGCCCGUUCCUCCAUUGGCAAGGCGCUGCCUCUUCGCCCAUGUUCGAAAUCUUGCUCAGAUGUCGCGCCGUCUCUUUACCCACCUUGUGCGCUGCUGUGCCACUUAUCUCCAUCUUCGCCGGGUGUUUCCUCGUUCUUCCUCGUCUCCCACGAGUUGAACCUCUUCGUCUUCAUCGGGCGCGCUUCUUCUUGUGCUGGAGGCUCGCAGGGUUCAUCGAACCAUUUAUCACUCUCCGCCGGUAGUAUGCCGCCCGUUGUCGGCGGUAUCUCGUUCGAGGUGCCCUCUACUGGCGGAGUUGAGGCCGCCACAGCCACGGUAUGCAGGCUUUCUGGAGAGAUCAUCAGCACCGGGAUGGAGAUGUGCGCGCUGUGUCGCUUCGCAGAUCUCAGGUUGAAGUGUUACACGCGCUCAGGUGUCGCGCGCUCCAGAUCAAAGUGUCGAGUCACUUCCAGCACUUUCAACAAUCCCAUUCAAUGCCUCGAGGCAGCGGCGGCGGAUUGGCCAGAAGCCCUACGGUGUCAGUGUCUUGGGAGUAUCGGUGUCUCAGCUGAAGUCGGGAAUGACAAAGUAUGGAAGAGUGACGAAGCGCCUGCCCACGUACAUACCCUGCAUAGAAUGAGCUUGCUCCAUCAUGGGGAUAGGGUUUCUGAAGGUCGCAUCUCCAGCCCCCAGGCAACACACGUCAAUGACGCACGACAUGCCUCGCUGCUUUGUAUUCGUAGCUGGUCUUCUGGCCUGGAGGACCGACUCGGCGGUUGGCGUUGUAUCAACGAGGAUCGCUUUCCAAUCUACCAGCAAGCAGUGAUGAGGACGGUGGCGCCAACAAUCAAGGAUGACGCCGUUGAUCUCGCCCAAUUCCGAACAGAGGUGGCCGAAAAACUGCCGCAUAGCACGCCGAUCAAUCAGUACCCACGAAAGAAGAGUGAGUCUGCAAUUUGGAAUCAUUGCGACGACGAGUGGAUCAAGGUCAACGGCUCUCUGGUGAUGCGUUACAGCCCUCAUGCGAUAUGUCUCCUCGAAAGAAAUCAUGAGCUUGAAUUUGGUCCUGAGGCGGAGCCGGGUUGA